AGGCAGGGCAGGAUUUACCUGUAGCCCAGGUUUGUGUUCCUGUCUCUCUCUCUCUGUCUGUCUUUCUCUCUCUGCCUCUGUGUAUGUGUGUGAGUGUGUGUGAGUGUGUGUGAGUGUGUGUGAGUCUGCACCGACCUGAAAGUCCAGUUUCUCCAGGAAUUAUCGGCGAGGAGUCCAAAAGACAUCAUCAUGUCACAGGACACAGAAAACAGUAAGAGGCUGCUGGUGGUGGUCCCUAACGAUCCUCUUCAUGGGCGUCGCUCGUACACCAGUGAGGACGAGGCGUGGAGGUCGUACCUGGAGAACCCGCUCACCGCCGCCACUAAAGCCAUGAUGAGCAUCAACGGAGACGAGGACAGCGCCGCCGCCCUGGGACUGCUGUACGAGUACUACAAGGUUCCUAAAGAUAAGAGAGUGCUGCCCGUUAGCAAAGUGGUGGAAGUGGAGGAGGAACAGGAGAAAAGCAGUGUGUCCGAGCCCCCGUCAGUAGAUAAUCACGUUCAGGUGUUAAAGUCGGUUCCGGUGAAUCUGUCUCUCAGCGCCGAGCCUCACGACUCCAAGCGGGACGGCUUUACUGAGAGCGGCCACGUUGCCACGGUGAAGGCCGAGGUGUACGCCCCCGUCUUCAUGAACUCCGCCCUUCAGUACCGUCCCGAGGGCGAGGAGCCGGCGCGGGUGGCGUACGAACAGAGCGCACACUCACUGAGCGCCGAUCACGCCGAGUACGGGAGAGACGGACCGCACAGCAGCCCCGACAGCACGUACGACGACGAGGACCACGGCACGGAGAAAUAUCGUCCCUCAGCUCUCGGAGCCAACGAGUUCAUCUUCAACCAGUCAAGCAUAGACACGUUCCAGUACACGCUGGAUGCCACGAGGUCACUGAGACAGAAACAGGGCGAGGGGCCGAUGAGUUACCUGAAUAAAGGACAGUUUUACGCCGUGACACUGAACGAGACGAGCAGCAACAAACGCCUGAGACACCCCAUCAGCAAAGUGCGGAGUGUUGUCAUGGUGGUGUUCAGUGAAGAUAAGAACCGAGAUGAACAGCUGAAGUACUGGAGAUAUUGGCACUCUCGCCAGCACACGGCUAAACAGCGGGUUCUCGACAUCGCGGACUACAAAGAGAGCUUCAACACCAUCGGGAACAUCGAGGAGAUCGCCUACAACGCCGUGUCCUUUACGUGGGACGUCAACGAGGAGGCCAAGAUCUUCAUCACAGUGAACUGCCUGAGCACAGACUUCUCCUCUCAGAAGGGAGUGAAGGGUCUGCCGCUGAUGAUCCAGAUCGACACCUACAGCUACAACAACCGCAGCAACAAACCACUGCACAGAGCCUACUGCCAGAUCAAAGUGUUCUGUGAUAAGGGAGCGGAGAGGAAGAUCCGAGACGAGGAGAGGAAGCAGAACCGCAAGAAGUCAAAAGGGAAAGAUGCGGGUGCCGGAGCGCUCACUCUUCCCAAAAAGGGUGACAACACACUGUUCAGGACGCUGACGGAUCUGGACGCUCAGCCCGUCCUCUUCAUCCCCGACGUACACUUCGGAAACCUGCAGAGAGCGGCACAGGUUUUUGCCUUCAACACUGAAGAGAUCGAGAGAGAAGGGAGUGUGUUAGUAAAGAGAAUGUUCCGGCCAGCAGAGGAUGAUUGCUGCGCUUCACCUCACAAACAGCUGAGAGAAGAACCACAGAAAAGAGUGCUCCUGUACGUCAGAAAAGAGUGUGACGAGGUGUUCGAUGCCCUCAUGCUGCGUUCGCCGACGCUCCGAGGCCUCAUGGACGCAAUCUCGGAGAAAUACGGCGUGCCUGUGGAGAGGAUCGCUAAAAUCUACAAAAAGAGCAAGAAAGGGAUCCUGGUGAACAUGGACGACAACAUCAUCGAGCAUUACUCCAACGAGGACACGUUCAUCCUGAGCAUCGAGAGCUACGCCGACGCCUACAAAAUCACUCUGACCGAGAUUUAAACCUUUUUUAUUUUUUUUAUUUUUUUUAUUUUAAAAAACAACAUUUUUUUUCUUUCUGGAAACGGGGAAGAUGAAGAGCCGGAGCGUUCUUCACGGCGGCGUGGAGGAAGCGGUGCUGCGCUCCAAACGUCGUACCAUUUCAAAUCAGGUUCACACUGCCAAGCUGAAGAGUCGCCUCGUCGGUCACGUGACUCCAGACCUCGCUCCAGUCCCAGACCGGACAGGAAGUGCUCCUGUGUGUAAUCGUGUCACGCUUUAUAGUCGCUUCUUACGUAAAUUCAGGACACAGAGGAGGUCAGGUCAGAGAGCUGAACGUUUAGAUACGUUUAUACACAUUUAUAAGUACACUUUUCUUACGGUGGCGUAUCAUUUCAGUCUUUUAUUUAUUUAUUUUGUUUUGCGCGGAUUUCACGGCCGAACUUUUCACCUUACACGUUUCAGUUCAGACGAACCUCAUCUUCGAGCUAAUACGUAUAUGUUUAUAUUAUUUUUUAUAUUUAGAAACACAAUUCCCUAAAAUAUAAGUAUUUGAAACUCAAAAUAAAAAAAAUAAAAAUAAAAAAACAUAAAUAAAAAACCAAGAAGACAAUGUGAAACCGUGCUGCAGGAUAUAAAGUAAAUAAAUAUAUUAAUAUAUAUACGUAUAUAUUCCAGUAUUCCGCAUGGUCCGGUUUGGACACAGUGGAAUUUCUGUGCAGCAAGAUCGGAUUAAAAAAAAUUAUUCAAAUAUAAAAAUGUAUUAAUUAAUUAUAAUAAUAAUAACGAGUAAAAAAUGGGACAGCUGUAUAUUUCGGACAAAAUUUAUAGGCCGUCAUUUUAAAACAGUAAACUGAUAAAAGAGAAAACGAACGUGUGAUCGGAUUUAUGGCGGAGGUAAUUUAUUUAAAUAAAUAAAUAAAUAAAUAAAUGAACUAUUUUGAUAAUGUUGCAGAACUUGAGUAUCACAUUAAUUCUCACCUCAUCCACAUUUCUACAGACUGAUUGUUUUUAUAUAUAUAUAUAUAUAUAUAUAUAUAUAUAUAUAAUGAUUAUUUUGUGCCAUGUACAGUUUUUUUUAUUCGUUUCUACAUUUGUGCGGGUUUCAGACGUAGCUGUAGUCCACGUCAUUGUUAUUGUCAUUGUUGUUUCAAAUGUAUUGCACUCGUUGAUGUGAAAUAAGACGUGCGCUGAUUUCCUCCCGUGUUUCAGACGUUUGUGAGCGUCGCCGCUUCGCUCGGUCGUUUUCCUGUACGAGUAUAAAAAUGUCUCGAAUGUUUCUGUGUGUUUGUACGUCCAGGCAUUUCCUGUUGUAUAAGCUGAACUUUUGAACUGAACGCUGUUGCAGGUUUUAGCGAUAGCGCAGACGUUCAACUCAUCGGUGAAGAUCUUAAUAUUUUUGUAAAUAAAAAAAUUUUUUGUGCCAUGAAA